AUGACAACAUCCGCGCUGCGACGCCAGGUGAAGAACAUUGUGCACAACUAUUCAGAGGCCGAGAUCAAAGUGCGCGAGGCCACCAGCAAUGACCCCUGGGGCCCGCCCAGCUCGCUCAUGUCCGAGAUCGCCGACCUGACCUUCAACACGGUAGCCUUUGCUGAGGUCAUGGGCAUGCUAUGGCGACGGCUCAAUGACAGCGGCAAGAACUGGCGGCACGUGUACAAGGCACUGACGCUGCUGGACUACCUGCUCAAGACGGGCUCUGAGAGGGUAGCCCAGCAGUGCCGUGAGAACCUCUACACCAUCCAGACCCUCAAGGACUUCCAGUACAUGGACCGCGAUGGCAAGGACCAGGGUGUCAAUGUGCGCGAGAAGGUCAAGCAAGUGAUGGCCUUGCUUAAGGAUGAAGAGCGCCUACGGCAGGAGCGGAGCCAUGCCCUCAAGACCAAGGAGCGCAUGGCACUGGAGGGUACAGGCAUUGGCAGUGGACAGCUGGGCUUCAGCCGCCGCCAUGGCGAGGACUAUGGGCGCACCCGUGGUUCCCCAUCCUCCUACAACUCCUCCUCUUCAUCCCCCCGCUACACUUCUGACCUGGAGCAGGCCCGGCCUCAGACAUCAGGAGAGGAAGAAUUGCAGCUACAGCUGGCAUUGGCCAUGAGCCGCGAGGAAGCUGAGAAGCCGGUCCCCCCAGCUUCCCCCAGGGACGAGGACCUGCAGUUACAGCUGGCUCUGCGCCUGAGCCGGCAGGAGCACGAGAAGGAGGUGAGGUCCUGGCGAGGGGACGAUUCCCCUACAGCCAAUGGCAUGGGGGCCACCUCCCACCACCGGCAAGACCAAGAGCCAGAGAGAGAAGACAGAAAGGAGGAGGAGAAGCUGACAACCAGCCAGUCCUCCAUCCUGGACUUGGUCGACAUCUUCACACCUGCCCCAGCCCUGCCCUCCACACACUCUGCCGGUCCGUGGGACAUUCCAGGUCUCAGGCCAAGCGCAGAGCCUAGCGGUUCUUCCUGGGGGUCUUCUGCAGACCCCUGGUCCCCCAUGCCCUCAGGGGACACCCGGUCCCGAAGCCAGCCUUGGGAUCUGCUUCCCACGCUCUCCUCCUCUGAACCCUGGGGCAGGACCCCAGUCCUGCCUGCUGGCCCCCCCACCACAGACCCCUGGGCACCCAUUUCUCCCCACCACAAAGUCCCCAGCACUGGGGCAAACCCGUGGGGGACCCCCAUGGAGACCUCAGAUACACCUGGCAGUACCUCGGUCUUGGACCCAUUUGCCAAUCUUUCAGAAUCUACAGAGCCCAAGGAGGCCCAAGCCCUGCCCGCCAUGAAGCCUGCAAGCCCUGUGGAGCUGGACCUGCUUGGAGAGCCCAGCCCGAGUUCCAAGCAAAAUGGCACGAAGGAACCUGACACCUUUGACCUGGGCGUAUUGGGAGAAGCGCUGACCCAGCCCAGCAAGGAAGCCCCUGCCUGCCGCACUCCGGAGUCCUUCCUGGGACCCUCGGCCUCAUCCUUGGUCAACCUUGACUCGCUGGUCAAGGCGCCUUUGGCGGCAACGACCCGGAACCCCUUCCUCACAGGUCUCAGUGCUCCAUCACCCACCAACCCGUUCGAUGCAGGCGAGCAGGGCAGACCGACGCUAAACCAGAUGCGCGCGGCCUCGCCAGCCCUGGGCGGGCCUAUCAGGGCUCCCCUAGGCUCCAUGACCUACAGCGCCUCCCUUCCCCUCCCGCUCAGCAGCGUGCCGGUCACCGCGACCCUCCCCGCCUCCGCCAGUGUCUUUCCGCAGGCCGGUGCCUUCGCGCCGCUGCCCGCAAGCCUGCCGCAGCCGCUGCUGCCCACGUCCGGCUCGGCUGGGCCGCUGCACCUGCCCCCGCAGGCCGGCACCAACCCCUUCCUCUGAGCGCCGCCUGGCGCAUGCGCGCCAAGGCCCUGCUUGCGCUCUACCCACCACCCUUCCCCCUGGUCUGGGGCGGGGUGGUCGCACUCGGGGA